CAAUCUUCAAUAUAAAUUGUGGCCAAAGUGAAGCUACUAAAUGUUCAAUUGUAACAAUUUAGAGACUUAAAAUGGAUAAGAAAAUGUCUAAGUUGAGGAGAAUUGUAAGGCAACAAAAGGGAAAGCUUUAUAUUAUGAGAGUUUGUAUCUCUAUGCUUCUUAAUUGGCAUAAGUACUCCUAGCCACUAGAUAUAUAUAUAAGCACUUAUUUUGAAGCAUUUUCAACCAUGAGGUUUCUUUCAUAAUCUACCUCAAUGGAUUUGACCGUUGUCCAUCAAAUAUAGCAUUCAAUGUUCUUGUAUAGUUAUAGUUAUUAGUUACAGUAACAUAUAUAGUUUGUGGUUGCAAAAUGAGUAAAGAUCAAUUUCUUGUUCAAACUUCUAAUC